AUGGUACAGUCCGCUCCUGCCGGCAUGGACGAGGCGCCGCUUGACACCGCCGUGUCGAAACAGCCGCGCGUGAGUGUGAUGGACGAGAAGGCGUUUUCCGAAAAGUACCUCGCGGACCUCGGGCUCGACGAGGCCGAGUUCAAAGUCUUCCACUGGCCGAUCAAGUCCUGGAGCGCGCUUGAGAAACGCAUCACGAGCCCCGAGUUCGAGGUCGGCGGGCACCGCUGGCGAAUUCUGCUGUUUCCGUUCGGGAACAGUAACGGGCAGCCGUACGACAUGGUGUCCGUGUACCUCGACUAUGCAGACGACAAGCGUGUGCCGGAAGGCUGGCACGCAUGCGCGCAGUUUGCCUUGGUGAUCUCGAACCCCACCGACCCCACCCUCUUCUCCACGAGCCAAGCCCACCACCGCUUCACUGCGGAAGAGAUGGACUGGGGCUUUACGCGCUUCAACGAGUCGCGCAAGCUUGCCGUGCCGUUUGACGCGCGUGUUCGCCCGAUAAUUGAGGACGACCAAGCGGUCGUGUCCGCCUACGUGCGCGUGCUAAAAGACCCCACCGGUGUCCUUUGGCACAACUUUAUCAACUACGACUCCAAGAAAGAGACGGGAUACGUCGGCAUGAAAAACCAGGGUGCGACGUGCUACAUGAACUCCCUCUUGCAGUCGCUCUUCUGCAUCAACUACUACCGCCGCGCCGUGUACCAGAUCCCGACAGAGAACGAUAUUCCGACAGACAGCGUCGCGCUUGCACUCCAGCGCGUCUUUUACAAUCUGCAGACCUCGGACCAGCCCGUGGGGACGACAGAGCUCACGAAAUCCUUUGGGUGGAAGUCGCUCGACUCCUUCCUCCAGCACGACGUCCAGGAAUUCAACCGCGUCCUCCAGGAGAAGCUGGAAGCGAAGAUGAAAGGCACUGCGUCCGACGGUGCGAUCCAGGAGCUCUUUGUCGGCAAGAUGAAGAGCUACUUACGGUGCGUGGAUGUCGACUACGAGUCGUCGCGCACAGAAGACUUUUACGACAUCCAGCUGAAUGUCAAGAGCAUGCCCGACCUCGAAGCGUCGUUUGCCGACUAUAUCCAGACCGAGAUGCUCGAGGGCGACAACAAGUACUUUGCCGAGGGCUUUGGCUUGCAAGACGCUCGAAAAGGCGUUAUUUUCGAAAAGUUUCCGCCUGUCCUGCACCUCCAGCUGAAGCGCUUUGAGUACGACAUGGAGCGCGACGCCAUGGUCAAGAUCAAUGACCGCCACGAGUUUCCCGCAGAUAUCGACCUUGCUCCGUACAUUGAUCAGGAGCGGCAAAGCGAGCCGUGGAUCUAUCGCUUGCACGGCGUCCUUGUGCACUCUGGCGACCUGCACGGCGGGCACUACUUUGCCCUCAUCAAGCCGGAGCGCGAUUCCGGCUGGUACAAGUUUGACGACGAUCGGGUGACGCUCGCGACAGAGCGGGAGGUGUUUGAGGACAACUUUGGCGGGGAGAUGCCCCAGCAGCGCAACCAGCCUGCGACCGCGCCCAUCCGUGCGAUGAAACGCUUCACGAAUGCGUACAUGCUUGUCUACAUCCGCGAGUCCCAAAUGGACGAGGUACUAAAGCCGUUUGGGCCCCAAGACACGCCGACGCACCUUACCACGCGCUUGGAAGACGAGCGCUUGCAGAUGGAAACGCGACGGCGCGAGCUCGAGGAGCAGCACCUCUAUGUAAAUGUCCGCGUGGUCACCGAGGACAUCUUUCGGCACCACCAAGGCUUUGACCUCGCCGCCUUUGACGACCGCACCGGCAAAGGCGAAGUUCCGUGCUUCCGCGUGCUCAAGUACGAAGCAUUCUUGCACUUUAAGCGCCGCCUCGCACAGCAGUACGGCCUGCCAGAAGACAUGUUCCGCGUCUGGGUACUUGUCAACCGGCAAAACAAGACGAUCCGGCCGGAUAUGGUCGUGCCCGACGACCAGACACUCACUGUGGAGAGCGUGCGCGAUCGUAUGGCGUCGCGCCAGCACGAUUUGCGCCUCUACCUCGAGGUGCUUGCGCCCAACAGCCUCGCCACCGCCUUUUUCGACCCUGCCCAUCCUAGCAGCACCAUCUUGCUCUUCUUGAAGCACUUUGACACCUCGCGCCAGACUCUCCUCGGCGUCACACACAUCUAUGUGCCCCGCCAAAUGAAGGUCAUGGAUUUGGUCCCGACCAUCAACGAGCUCAUGCGCUGGCCGCCAACGACGCAGGUCAAGCUCGUGGAGGAGAUCAAGCCCGGCAUGAUUGAGCAGCUCAAGCCAAAGGCGACCUUUGUCCAGAGCGAGCUGCAGGACGGCGACGUGGUGUGCUUCCAGAUUGAGCUCACCGACAAAGACACGUCCGAAUACGAGAUGCAGUCGAUGUGCAGCAACCCCAUGCAGUUCUACGACUUUUUGCAGAACCAAGUACACAUCCUCCUCAAGCCGCGCUUCGAGGAUGUAGAGUACAAGACUGAGCUGGAGCUCACGUUGAGCAAGAAAAUGACGUACGAUAUGCUCGCCGCAAGAGUUGCCGAGCGCCUCACCUGCGACCCGCUCAAGCUGCGCUUCACGGUGGCGAAUGGCCCGAACGGCGCGCCCAAGUCGGUGCUCAAACGCACCGCCAACCAGACGAUCAACGAGAUUAUUCAGAGCAGCUACUUGCAGGGCCCUGCCAGCCUGCUCUACUACGAGCUCCUCGAGGUGAGCAUCAUCGAGCUCGAGACAAAGCGUGCACUCAAACUCGUCUGGAUGGGCGCCCACAACAAAGAGGCCGCCGCGCCGCUCCCGCUGCUCCUGCCCAAGACGGCCACGGUGCACGAAGUCGCGGAUCGGCUCGCGAAAUCUGUCGCGCUCGAGCCCAGCGGCACACAAAAGAUCCGCAUCUUUGAGGUGGUCGCUUUUGGCAAGCAGCAGCACGAGUUGCACCCCAGCGACACGGUCAGCUCCAUCCCCGACGGCAUCGAGCUCUUUGCCGAGGAGCUCGCACCCGAGGAGCUCGGCGCGGGCGAAAACGAGAAACUGGUCAAUGUGUGCCACUUUUACAAGGAUCCGAUGCGCACGCACGGCGUUCCUUUCAAGUUCGUCCUCAAGCGCGGCGAGCGGUUUGCCGACACCGCCAAGCGUCUUCUCGCGCGCUUGCAACUCGCCGAGAAAGACGCGGCCAAGUUCCGCUACGCACUCUUGCAGCUCGGACAGUACCAGCAGCCCACGUACCUGGAAGACGACGACGUGCUUUUCGACCACAAGUUCCAGUCCGAAGACGUCGUGGCCAUCGACCACGUCGACCUCAGCGGGCGGCCAAACAGGUACGGCAAUGCACCGUCGCAGGACCGCGGGAUAAGGAUUCGCAGCUAG